CCCGCCACUCACGGGCUCGGGUCCGGCCCAUGCCCAAGUCUACCUAGUAGCAUUAGUGAGAACGGUUGCCAAAUAACAACCGGUGCUUAGUACAGUUGUAGGUGUGUAAAGCUCUCUGCUGCCCUCAGUCCUCAACAGUCAAACCCGAUACCCCUCGCGCCAUAGGCCAUGCGUUUGAAGUUACCCGCUAAUAUCUCACCCCAUGUAGGAGAGAAACUGCUUAAUCCUGUUCUAAACUCAGGCGAUUUAAGUCGUGCACGCCAACUGUUCGAUAAAAUUCCUGAACCAAAUCUACAUUCUUGGGCAAACUUGAUUUCUGCUUAUACAAAGCAGAAUCUUCCAAAUGAAGCAGUCAAGCUGUAUUUUUUAUUCAGAAAGCAGAACAUUCAGCUUCCUGAUAGAAUACUACUACUAUCAGCUGCGAAAGCGUGCGCUGCAUAUGCCGAUCUUACAAAAGCGAAAGAGAUCCAUGAGGAUGCUGUUAGAUUUGGAUAUCUAUCUGAUCUUACCUUGGGAAAUGCCUUGAUCAAUAUGUAUGGGAAAUGCAAGUGUUGUGACGGUGCUCAAUCUGUUUUCAAUGAGUUGCCGGUGAAGGAUGUUAUUUCAUGGACAUCAUUGUUGUCCAGCUAUGUCAAUUGUGGGUUUCUUGGGGAAGCUUUGCAAGCUUUUUGCAAGAUGGGAUUGAAUGGGUUGAGGCCGAAUGCAGUGACUUUGUCUUCGAUUCUUCCUGCUUGUUCUGUAAUGAAGUGCUUGAAUUUAGGUAGGCAAAUUCAUGGUUAUGCUGUGAAAGAUGGGUUUGGAGAAAAUGCUUUCGUUACCAGUGCACUUGUUGAUAUGUACGCAAGUUGCUCAUGCUUGGCAGACGCUCAGUUGGUAUUCGAUAACAUGCUCGUGCGUGACAUUGUCUCUUGGAAUGUUAUCGUGUCAGCAUAUUUCUUAAAUGGAGAAUCAGAGAGGGCUCUCAGCCGAUUUGGUAAAAUGAGAAAACAGGGAGUGCCCAUAAACUAUGAUUCAUGGAAUACUGUGAUUGGUGGGUGUGUUCAAAAUGGAGAAAACACCCUAGCUCUUGAAUUGCUGGUCCAAAUGCAGGAUGAAGGGUUCAAACCCAAUCAUAUUACAAUAACUAGUGCUUUACCUGCAUGCUCGAACCUAGAGAGCUUAAGGAAGGGAAAGGAGAUACAUGCAUACAUUUUCAGGAAUAAGAUCUUCACUGACAUAACAACCACAACAGCUUUGGUUUACAUGUAUGCUAAAUGUGGUGAGCUUGAGCUAUCCAGUCAGAUAUUCAAUAUAAUGCCUAGAAAGGAUGCUGUAGCAUGGAACACGAUCAUUAUUGCAAAUGCCAUGCAUGGGAGAGGGGAAGAAGCUUUAUUGCUCUUCAGAAAUAUGUUAAUAUCAGGGGUUAAACCCAAUUCAAUUACGUUUACAGGGGUUCUCUCUGGUUGCAGUCACUCAAAACUUGUUGAUGAGGGUCUUCAAGUUUUUCAUUCAAUGAGGAGUCACCUUAUUGAACCUGAUGCAGAUCACUAUUCAAGUUUAGUUGAUAUACUUAGUCGUGCUGGGUGCCUUGAUGAGGCAUAUGGAUAUAUUCAGAGAAUGCCCAUGAAACCAACUGCUGGUGCCUGGGGUGCUUUACUUGGGGGUUGUAGAGUGUAUAAGAAUGUUGAUCUGGCACGAAUUGCAGCAAAGCAUCUGUUUGAGAUCGAACCUGACAAUCCUGGAAAUUAUGUUUUAUUAUCGAACAUAUUUGUUGAAGGCAAACUGUGGAAUGAAGCUUCGAUGUAUAGGAAGAUAAUGGAGCAAAAGCAAAUUUCAAAACCACCAGGGUGUAGUUGGAUUCAGGUUAAGAACAAAGUUCACACAUUUAUCGCUGGUGACAAAAGCAAUGAGCAGAGUGAGAAGAUAUCCAAAUUCUUGAUGGAUAUCAGCAAUAAGGUCCGACUGGCAGGGUAUUUGCCAAAUACUGAUUUUGUUCUGCAAGAUUUGGAUCAAGAAGAGAAAGAGGAAGUCUUAUGCAGCCACAGCGAGAAGCUAGCAGUUGCUUUUGGAUUACUGAAUUUAAAAGGAGAAUCUUCAAUUCGCGUGUUCAAAAAUUUGCGAAUAUGCGGUGACUGUCAUAAUUUCAUAAAAUUUGCAGCCAAGGUUGUUGGCAUACAGAUUAUCGUUAGAGACUCCUUGAGAUUUCACCAUUUCAAGGAAGGUUUAUGCUCUUGUCGAGACUUUUGGUGAUUAAUUUAUUGAAAAAUUAAAUCUAGAAAGGAGAAGCAAAGUGUAUGGAGUAUGUGACAAAGACAUGAUCUAAUUGGAAGUUCUAUGAGCUCCAAAGAUGCUUUGACGUUAGACAUGCAUUUUAGCCCAUAGUUAUGAUGUUGUCAAUCAUCAGAGGAAGUUGCUUCCUGUCAUGGUGAGUGAUGAGCUUUGCAUGUGUCACUGAUGGAAUCAAAUACUGCUUAAAACGGAAAGCUAAUAAUAGGAGAGAUUCAACCAUGUUCAAGGACUAGUUGAAAGUCAAUGGUGAGCUCAUUAUAAUGUUAGAGAACAAAAUUGUUCAUCAGAUGAUACUGGGGGCAAAAAUAUCGUCGUACAUGUGCACUCAUCCAGGUCUCCUGAAUGGCCUGCGUCAUUUGACUUGGUAUUGACAACGAACAUUAGCUUGGACUUCUUUCUCUUCAUUGGAGAAUUAAGAGUCAACUUAGCAAAUUGUCAAGAUUCCAAGCAGUCAUGCUUAAUCUGGAUUUUGAAAUUUGACAUGAUGCAGGAAAUGAGUUUUUUCGGAAUUGAAUUUCACAAAUUCAAGAAAUCGACUUCUCAAGCACAUGAUAUACAAGCUGAAAAUUUUUGUUUUUUCUCCUCAAACUAUCAAGAGUGCCUUUCAGGUUGUAACAAAAGAAGGUCAAGAAUAAUUAGUUCAUACACCAUCAUAUGUUGCUCAAGCCGAGAUGCCGGAUAACAUCAAAUUUUUACUUCUAUGUUCGUAAUCUGGACAGUUUCCGAAUACUUCAAUAACCUCCUCUCAGGUUUGCUCCAGACAAACUCAAGGUGAUAGCUUCUUUGUAUGGUGAAGAGUUCCUGUUCUCUUUUUCAAGCUACUCCACUUCUUUUCCUCAAUUUGACAAUGCUACAAAUUAUCAUAGGUGUAACUUCCUCUUUCUUUUGGAUCAAGAAGGAAAAACCAUGAUAUGAUGGAGCACGGCAUGGUCUUCUUGCUUGACUUGAAGAUGAAGCCAGAGAAAUCAAAUUUAUCCAUGAUCAUUAGGCACUUAAUUAUUAGCAGUUCCAGUUCCAGUUCCAGUUCCAGUUCCUUUGACUUUGGGGUAAGUCUUGCUCAGAUCCUAUCAGUUUUAGCUCCAUGAAAUGCAAAAUAUUAUUCACAUAAGCAAUCACUUUCAUCAGUUAUUGUUGAAAAUUUUUACAGUGGUGCUGUUUCAACAUGCACAUAAAUAAAAAAAAAACCAUUCAACUUUUUGGGUGGAAGAAAAGCUUAAGUAAAUUUUUUCUGGCAUUCAAAUUACAACUGACAAAUCUUGCAGUAGGACUGUAGUGUAGGAGGGUAGCAAAACUGAGUGGUGAGCAGGUUCAGAACAGACCCUUGAUAUUUUUGUCAAUUGUAUCAGAAAAGGUCGCAUAUUGGGUGCCAAAGUACACAAGAUCAGUCUGUCACCAUCUUACACGAAUCAAGUGCAACAUAGCAAUCACCUGAUUUGGAACAUAGAUGGUGUGAUAUUCGAUUUCAGGGCACUCUAUAUUUCCAAAAGGGAUAAUGGUAGAUUAAUCCAUUGGAGCAGAGUAGAGUCCCUUAUUUUAUUAGAAUCAUGUCUUAGAGCAAAUCUCUUUCUGUAGACAUGAAUGAAUAUUCAUAUACAUUUUGCAAACCACUGAAUUGAAGAUAGCUCCAAAUACUCUUGAUGUUGUUAUCUACUUGCUUUUAUCUUAAUGUUCAAUGAACUGAACAAUAAAA